GGAGGGCGGGGUUCGUGCGCCGUGGCGUCACGACGCCAGUCCUUCCAGACGGCGCUGCGCAGGCGAGCCGGGAGAGGAGGCUGGCGCUGGGAUUCUGAUCGGCGGCUCGGGCGGUGCGAGAACAUGGGAGCUCAGCUGAGCGGUGACCAGGGCGCCGCGCAGCCGGCGCAGCCGGCGCAGCCCCAGCCCCAGCCCCAGCCCCAGCCCCAGCCCCAACCUCAGCCCCAACCUCAGCCCCAACCCCAGACCCAACCCCAGAUCCAACCCCAGACCUACCCCCAACCCCAGCCCGCGGCGCCCGAGGGCCCUGGGCGGCCCUGGCCAGAGCCCGGCCCUUGGGGGCCGCUGGACGACGUGCGCUUCCUUAUCGUCUGCACCUCCUGGUACUGACUCGUCGCUCUCCGCACUUACCUCCCGCCGCCUCCUGUCAUCCCGUCAGCCUCUCCUGCUCGAGUCCUGGUCCUUGUCGUCUCUCCCCACCUUCCGCCACCCCGGAGACGCGCGGAGAGUCGGGGAGCUCGCUGGGGACUGGAAGGAAGCCUCCUCCGCAGCCUCGCCUUGGGGCACCGUCUUGCCUCUGGCCCCUCCCGCUACCCCAGAUUCGUUGGCUUCUCAGCCUGCACCCAGACAAGCGCAGACCUUCGUGUUCAUCCCCACCCCACAGUUUCUCCAGCCGUCUGGGUGCUGGGGCAGCCUUCCCUCUCACUGGCUUCCAGAACCAGGCCAGGGCUCUUGGUAAGAAGACCCUAAGGCUGCUGGCCUAAUCUCACCUCAUUUGUCCCUGUUGCCAAGAACUGGGCUCUUGCUUUUGUCCUUGGUCAUGGCACCAUGUGCCUUGACUUCAGAGAAGACCUUGCCACAGUGAACCUGCCCAUACCUCUCCUGGGAGGGGUUGCUCCGCCAUCCUGGGUGCCACCCUGGCAUUAUCUGGCUGUUUUCCUGAGACCCCAGUAACAGAGGGCCUCCAGGGCCAGCCUUUUGGAGAGAGGGGGCAUCUGAUUUUUGGGCUGGCAGAUGAGAUGCAUGGGGCAGCUCCCAGACACCCCAAAGCACCCUGUCUCCCAGAAACUUCUUAAGGCCACCCAGAACCUGAUCCUUGUUCCCACAUCCCAGGGAAAUGACACACUCUGUAUUUUUGUUUUAUUUAGAAAUGAUUUAAAAAACAUUAUACAAAGGCU